CCAUAUCAGUAAAAAGUAAAACUUAUCAAUUUAAAAAUUCAUAUCUAUUUAAAUGACAUUGCUAUAAUUGGAUAGACUUUCAUCAAGAAAACAUAUAAACUUACCCAAAUUUGUAUGCUACCCACUUGUCCACGAGUCAUUAAAAACAAAUUCACGAAAUGUUACCUUUAAAACUGAGGCUUGCAAUGUACAAUUUACGAUGGUCCUUGGCAUCAACAAUUUCUUAAACCUAUUAAGGAGUAGAUAUAAACCCACUUCAGAUUGGUUGAUCGGUUAAAUCCUUAUGUGUUAUAAUCCAAACAUUUUAGGAAAUAAAUAACUACCCAUCAACCAAUAAGAAUAAAGAACUCACCCCUUUUUAUCUACAUAUACAAUUAGGAAAAACCGAUGAUAAUAUACGUGGCACAUAAUUACUUGACAGUGACGUAAGAAACAUUCACUGCCAAUCACUCGAACAUCAUCUUCCCACGAACAACUAAAUUUCCAAAAAGCCACACAAUUAGACUCCAAAACAAAAAUGGCGGGGCUUUCAGCAAAACCACUCUCUGCUUUAUCCAUUUCCUCAAUCCCCAAAAUCGCUGCUAUCUCCGAUCAAUCCCCAAACAGGAUUAGGGUUUCAAGUAACGCAAUUUGUUCUACUUCAUUCGGUCUCAGAUACAGAAGCAACAACAAUCGGUGUAAUGGUAGAAACAGGAUAAACAGAUUAAACGCAGCUGGAUUAACUGAUAUCGAACCUGACCUGAAUGAAGAUCCUGUCGAUAGGUGGGAGAACAGUGGCAUUAGUGAUGAUGAUUUUGUCUAUGGAAAGUAUGAUGGACACCACACAUACAAUGAAGCAGAUGACAAAUCAACAUUUUGGGGAUCAAUAGCAGAAGAUUAUGCAGCGGUCGACCCUCCCACUGGUUUCCAAGGUCUCAUUUCAUGGUUAUUUCUUCCUGCUGUCGCUCUUGGGAUGUACCUCAAUGUUCCGGGAGAAUAUAUGUACAUUGGAGCGGCGAUAUUUGUUGUAGUAUUUUGCAUAAUUGAGAUGGAUAAACCAAGUGAAGCGUACAACUUUGAGCCACAAAUAUAUAACAUGGAGAAAGGUUCUCGAGACAAGUUAAUAUCGGACUACAACACGAUGGAUAUUUGGGACUUCAAUGAAAAAUAUGGUGAUCUUUGGGAUUUUACUGUGACCAAAGAUGAUAUCAUGAAAAGAUAGAUUAUCAUAUUCUAUGUAAAAAGCAAGUCCCAUUAUUUUAGAAACUCAUCUCAUGUAUUUGAGGUCGCCAAAACAUGAUAGUCAUCUUGUAUACAUGUCAUUUUACAAAGAUAUGUAAUGUAUAUUUGUGGUUGCAAUUGAUGUUCUAUUUAUCGUACA